AUGUCAUGGGCUUUACCUCUGCUUCAAAAGCUUGUCCCAGCAAGUGUUUUCGAGUCGAUCAAUUUAUGUCAACCAGACCCUACAACAGACCCAGCCGAAGCAGGUAAAUACGGUAUAGUCAUACGUGACGGGUCGACAGGCAAGGUAAAGAUACGACAUCAAUUUCCAAGUAUUCGACGGAUCAAUCAUAAGAAAACGAAGAAUCACCUAUCAAAGGAUCUUUCCGUACAAUAUGGCAAGCGACUUGUGGAUAUAACCGUUAGACUAGAUGACGACGAAGUGACUGCCCAUUUCGCCGAUGGUACACAGGAAACAGGCACUAUCAUUGUAGGCGCGGAUGGUGGGGUGUCCCAGGUGCGACGCUGGUUACUUGGAGAUGAAGCCGCACAAGAGGUAUUGCCAUGUCAAUUCAUGAAUUUCUCUUUCAGCUUGCCGGCUGAAAUGGCCCAAUGGCUUGAUGAGAGCCUCGGUCCAACUGUCGAGGUCGCUGCGCACCCGCGCAAUAUCUACAUGGGUAUCUCGUUGUUGGACAAGCCCGACGCGACGAAGCCUGAGACAUGGCUAUUCUACAUUCUUGCGGCAUGGGCACUAGAUGACAGCACCGAUGGCGAAAGCUCUGGCAGUCAACUUUCCAAGCUUCGGUCGCGCAUGUAUGACUGGGCUGAUCCAUUCAAAACCAUCGUCGAAAAGCUUCCUGAUGAUACUUUGAUCAGACAGGAUCAGCUGAGGAUAUGGCAUACGAAAGCAUGGAACAAUCACCAGGGACGUGUGACUUUGAUUGGUGAUGCGGCACAUAGUAUGACGUUUCAUCGCGGCCAGGGCGGCAACCUGGCAAUCAGAGACGCCUAUGAACUUUUCAAUAAAUUAGUCUUAGUCUACAAUGGGGAGAGUGACCGGGAAACCGCGAUAGACACCUACGAUAGGGGAGCAUUCCUCCGAGGCGAAGAAGUUGAGAUUUCUCGACAGUGUACGAUGGCGUUUCUAGACUACAAGAAUAUGGAAAAUAGCCCAGUAUAUCAACUUGGUAUUAACCCGGCGAUGGAAUUUUGA